GGGCCGGGCCGGGCCGGGCCGGGCCGCGGAGUUACCGGAGGGGAGAGGCGGCGGCGGGAUAAAGCCGGCGGCGACGGGCGGCUCCCGCUUACCCAGCGGUGGCCUGCAGCGGGACGGGACGGGACGGGACGGGCUCCUCGAGGCGGCGGCGGGUGUUUUAUACUUCAUUUGUCUGUGCUGUGUUUGGAGAUCUUUUUCCGGUAUUUGGCUGCACACCAGCUGACCCGUAGCUGUUUACAUCUUUGUCUACUCUGACAUCUCUACGCACACGUUGGAAUCAAGGGGAAAAUGUCUUGAUGGAUCCAUCCUGAGUGUCAUAUGCUAGUGGUUCACAUCGUUGGUUAGCAAUGGCUUUUAAGUGUCUGUACAGUUAGACGUCUUUAAAAUCUGCCUCUGAGCAGCUGGCAGCUGACGUGCUGGUGCUGGCACCACCCAGGUUGAACAUGACAUCACUGGGAGAAGUAGUGCGCGGAGUCCACCUCUGCAUUCAAGGAAGUUACUGUGGGAGCACCGUUCUGUAACGCGCAGCUCAACUGCCGCACUUAGUCAAUGCUGAGCGUGCAGAAGGCAGGGAAAAAUGGAAUUUCUGAAAAAAAUUGUUCCCACUGUUGUUUCUGGAGAUGUUGUGCUGGAUGUUGGAAGUACUGUCCGUGAAAGCUCGCCAAGGCUGCUGAAGAUGAGGCGUGUCAGUCUGCUUUCACUGGGACAAACAAUCGAUGAAGAUGAGGAGAUGCAUGAUUUACAUCCUCAUUACACCUCCACGCCACCCAGCAGAGUAAAUAAACGCAGAGUUUCUCCAAGUGUUGUUUCCACCUGGGAAAAGAGAGGCAUCAUCAUGUCUAACAUUACUAUUGAUCCAGAUGUCAAACCUGGCGAGUAUGUCAUCAAAAGCCUCUUCGCUGAAUUUGCUGUUCAAGCUGAAAAGAAAAUUGAAGUUGUAAUGGCUGAACCUUUGGAAAAGCUCUUGUCCAGAUCUCUUCAAAGAGGUGAAGAUCUUCAGUUUGAUCAGUUGAUAAGCUCUAUGAGCUCAGUAGCAGAGCACUGUCUCCCCUCCUUAUUACGCACCUUGUUUGACUGGUACAGGCGUCAAAAUGGAACAGAAGAUGAAUCUUACGAAUACAGACCUCGAUCUAGCACAAAAUCAAAGGGAGAUGACCAACAACGCGAAAGAGACUAUCUACUUGAAAGGAGGGACUUAGCUGUAGAUUUCAUUUUUUGUUUAGUUUUAAUAGAGGUUCUAAAACAGAUACCUGUUCAUCCAGUGCCAGAUCCUUUAGUACAUGAAGUUCUAAACUUGGCUUUUAAGCACUUUAAACAUAAGGAAGGGUAUUCAGGAACCAACACUGGGAAUGUGCAUAUUAUUGCAGACUUAUAUGCAGAAGUGACAGGGGUUCUUGCUCAAUCAAAGUUUCAAGCUGUUAGGAAAAAGUUUGUCACCGAAUUAAAAGAACUGCGGCAAAAAGAACAGAGUCCCCAUGUAGUACAAAGUAUCAUCAGUUUGAUUAUGGGAAUGAAGUUUUUUCGGGUAAAGAUGUAUCCUGUGGAGGAUUUUGAAGCAUCGUUUCAGUUCAUGCAGGAAUGUGCUCAAUACUUCCUGGAAGUAAAAGAUAAAGAUAUAAAACAUGCACUUGCUGGUUUGUUUGUGGAAAUUCUCAUCCCUGUGGCUGCUGCUGUUAAAAAUGAAGUGAAUGUGCCAUGUUUGAAAAAUUUUGUGGAGAUGCUUUAUCAGACUACCUUUGACUUGAGUUCAAGAAAGAAGCAUUCGCUGGCUUUGUAUCCAUUGAUCACCUGCCUGUUGUGUGUCAGUCAGAAACAGUUUUUUUUAAAUAACUGGCACGUUUUCCUGCAGAACUGUUUGUCACAUCUAAAGAUGCCAUCUAACAACAGUAUCAGAAAACAAAUAGAAACACUGCAGAAUAAAGAUCCCAAAAUGUCCCGAGUUGCACUGGAAUCUUUGUAUAGGUUAUUGUGGGUUUAUGUUAUUAGAAUAAAAUGUGAAAGCAACACUGUAACUCAAAGUCGUCUCAUGAGCAUUGUAUCAGCACUUUUUCCAAAAGGAUCACGUAGUGUGGUCCCACGAGACACACCUCUGAAUAUAUUUGUGAAGAUUAUUCAGUUCAUUGCUCAGGAACGUUUGGAUUUUGCAAUGAAAGAAAUAAUAUUUGAUCUUCUUAGUGUUGGAAAAUCACCUAAAACCUUUACUAUUAAUCCAGAGAGAAUGAAUAUAGGCCUCAGAGUUUUCCUUGUCAUAGCAGAUAGUCUGCAGCAGAAAGAUGGUGAACCACCAAUGCCAACAACAGGAGUUGUUCUUCCCUCAGGAAAUACUCUGCGUGUGAAGAAAAUCUUUCUUAAUAAAACUCUGACAGAUGAGGAAGCAAAAGUUAUAGGAAUGUCAAUAUACUAUCCUCAAGUCAGAAAAGCGUUGGACAGCAUUCUUAGGCAUUUGGACAAAGAAGUUGGAAGACCCAUGUGCAUGACUAGUGUGCAGAUGUCCAAUAAAGAACCUGAAGACAUGAUUACGGGUGAAAGAAAACCUAAGAUCGAUUUGUUCAGAACUUGUGUUGCUGCUAUCCCAAGACUGAUUCCAGAUGGCAUGAGCAGGACUGACCUCAUUGAAUUGCUUGCAAGGCUGACAAUUCAUAUGGAUGAAGAACUUCGUGCCUUGGCUUUCAAUACUCUCCAAGCAUUAAUGCUUGAUUUUCCAGAUUGGCGGGAAGAUGUUCUUUCAGGAUUUGUAUAUUUUAUUGUGCGUGAAGUGACUGAUGUCCAUCCAACGCUUCUUGACAAUGCAGUAAAAAUGUUAGUGCAGCUCAUAAAUCAGUGGAAACAAGCAGCCCAAAUCCACAAUAAAACCCAAGAUUCUCAGCGUGGUGUAUCCAACGGGGCUGCCCAUACCCUUCCUCUGGAGAGGACCCUUUAUUCCAAUGUAUUUCAUGUGGUGGAAGGCUUCGCUUUGGUCAUUCUUUGCAGCACAAGGCCUGCAACCAGAAGAUUAGCAGUCAGUGUGCUUAGAGAAAUAAGGGCCUUGUUUACACUUUUAGAAAUUUCUAAGAGUGAUGAUGAGUUGGCUAUAGAUGUAAUGGACAGACUAAGUGCUUCUAUCCUGGAGAGUUUCAUACAUCUUACUGGGGCUGAUCAGACUACUUUACUCUAUUGUCCCAGUUCAAUAGAUUUACAAACUUUGGCUGACUGGAGUUCCUCUCCAAUCAGCCACCAGUUUGAUGUGGUCAGUCCAUCACAUAUAUGGAUAUUUGCACAUGUGACUCAAGGCCAAGAUCCAUGGAUUAUAAGCCUUUCAAGUUUUAUGAAACAGGAAAAUCUUCCAAAACACUGCCCAACAGCUGUAAGCUAUGCUUGGACAUUUGCUUAUACCAGACUCCAUCUGCUGUCUCCACAAGUGGAUAUAAACAGCCCUAUCAACGCAAAGAAAGUGAAUACUACUACAAGCAGCGACUCCUACAUUGGGCUCUGGAGAAACUACCUGAUUCUUUGCUGCAGUGCAGCAUCUUCUUCAAACUCUUCCACUUCCACUGGCUCUGUGAGAUGUUCCCCUCCUGAGACGCUGGCGUCUACUCCUGACAGUGGUUAUAGCAUUGAUUCAAGAAUCAUUGGCAUUCCAUCCCCUUCUUCCUUGUUUAAGCACAUAGUUCCGAUGAUGCGCUCUGAGAGCAUGGAAAUUACAGAAUCCCUUGUACUGGGACUUGGCAGGACCAACCCAGGAGCUUUUAGGGAACUAAUAGAAGAAUUACAUCCUAUAAUUAAGGAAGCACUUGAAAGAAGGCCAGAGAACAUGAAACGACGCAGGCGUCGAGAUAUUUUACGAGUACAACUAGUACGAAUAUUUGAACUGUUGGCAGAUGCUGGUGUCAUUAGUCACAGUGCAAGUGGUGGCCUUGAUAAUGAAACGCAUUCCCUCAACAACACUUUACUUGAGUACGUUGAUCUAACGAGACAACUCCUAGAAGCAGAAAAUGAAAAGGAUUCUGAUACAUUGAAAGAUAUCCGAUGCCAUUUUAGUGCCUUAGUGGCAAAUAUCAUUCAAAAUGUUCCAGUCCACCAGAGAAGGAGUGUCUUUCCACAGCAAAGUCUACGCCACAGUCUAUUUAUGUUGUUCAGUCAUUGGGCAGGUCCUUUUAGUAUCAUGUUUACUCCCCUGGACAGAUACAGUGAUAGGAACAUGCAAAUAAAAAGACACCAAUACUGUGCAUUAAAGGCUAUGUCUGCUGUACUGUGUUGUGGCCCUGUGGCAGAUAAUGUUGGGCUCUCAUCUGACGGCUAUUUAUACAAAUGGCUCGAUAAUAUUUUGGAUUCACAGGAUAAAAAGGUUCACCAGCUGGGCUGCGAGGCAGUUAUGCUGCUCUUGGAACUCAACCCUGACCAGAGUAACCUCAUGUACUGGGCUGUAGACCGGUGUUAUACAGGUUCCAAGCGGGUAGCAGCUGGCUGUUUUAAAGCCAUAGCCAGCGUGUUCCAAAACAGGGAUUACCAGUGUGAUACAGUGACCCUUCUAAAUCUGAUACUGUUCAAAGCAGCUGAUUCUACUAGGGCUAUCUAUGAAGUUGCUAUGCAACUAUUACAGAUUUUGGAACCAAAGAUGUUCCGUUAUGCUCACAAACUGGAAGUUCAGAGGACGGAUGGGGUUUUGGGUCAGCCUUCGCCUUUACCACAUCUGUAUUCUGUGUCAUAUUAUCAACUGUCAGAAGAAUUAGCAAGGACUUAUCCUGAACUAACACUUGCUAUCUUCUCAGAAGUAAGCCAGAGAAUCCAAACAGCUCACCCGGCUGGAAGACAGGUGAUGCUGCAUUAUCUGCUGCCAUGGAUGAACAAUAUUGAGUUGGUAGACUUGAAACCUUUGCCAACCAUUCGGCGGCAAGAUGAAGACGAAGAAGAUUCUUUGAAAGACAGAGAAAUGAUGGUGAACAGUAGGCGCUGGCUACGAGGAGAAGGCUGGGGAUCACCACAGGCUACAGCUAUGGUUCUGAACAAUCUGAUGUAUAUGACUGCAAAGUAUGGUGAUGAAGUGGCUUGGUCAGAGAUUGAAAAUGUCUGGACUACUUUGGCAGACAGCUGGCCAAAGAAUCUGAAAAUAAUUCUACACUUCCUAAUCAGUAUCUGUGGAGUGAACAGUGAACCCAGCCUUUUGCCUUAUGUAAAGAAAGUUAUUGUUUAUUUGGGUAGAGACAAAACAAUGCAACUACUGGAAGAGCUGGUGAGUGAACUUCAGCUUACGGAUCCUGUCAGUUCAGGAGUCACCCACAUGGAUAAUCCACCAUAUUACCGCAUUACUUCCAGCUAUAAAAUCCCCUCUGUCACUUCAGGUACCACUUCUAGUAGCAAUACAAUGGUAGCUCCCACAGAUGGCAACCCUGACAGUAAACAUAUAAAAGAAAGUAUUGAAGAGAACUAUGUACAUCUAGAUAUCUACAGUGGGUUGAACAGUAACUUAAACCGCCAGCACCACAGGCUAGAAUCUCGCUACAGCAGCAGCUCUGGAGGAUCAUAUGAAGAGGAAAAAAGUGAUUCAAUGCCUCUGUAUUCAAACUGGCGGUUGAAGGUGAUGGAGCACAAUCAAGGAGAGCCUCUGCCUUUUCCACCUACUGGAGGUUGCUGGUCACCACUGGUGGAUUACUUGCCUGAAACUUCUCCUCCGGGCAUGUCUCUUCACAGAUGCAAUAUAGCAGUGAUCCUUCUGACUGACUUGAUAGUUGACCACAGUGUGAAGGUAGAAUGGGGAGGAUACUUGCAUCUUUUGCUUCAUGCAAUUUUUAUAGGUUUUGACCACUGUCACCCUGAAGUCUAUGAGCAUUGUAAACGACUGCUUUUGCAUCUUCUGAUAGUGAUGGGAUCUGGUAGUAAUGUCCAGUCUGUUGCUUCAGUCCUGCUCAGAAACAGAGAGUUCAAUGAAUCCAGGGUGCUUACUGUCAAGCAAACUACACAUCUAGAUUAUACUUUUACAGCAGGUGUUCAUGAUUUUAUACCAGAUUACCAGCCCUCCCCAAUGACAGACUCAGGGCUUAGUUCAAGUUCUACCUCUUCUAGCAUCAGUUUAGGAAAUACAAGUGCUGCCAUGUCUCAUCUGCACACCACCAUCCUCAAUGAGGUUGACAUUUCAGUAGAGCAGGAUGAAAAAGUGAAAACUCUCAUAGAAUUCAUUACCUCAAGGAAAAGAGGGCCACUUUGGAAUCAUGAAGAUGUUUCGGCCAAGAACCCUAAUAUAAAGAGUGCUGAACAGUUAACUGUGUUUUUAAAGCAUGUGGUAGCUAUAUUUAAACAGUCUAGCUCAGGAUUUCAAUUGGAACACCGUCUCAGUGAAGUUGCUUUGCAAACUGCGCUUUCGUGUUCCUCUCGACAUUAUGCUGGGAGGUCCUUUCAGAUCUUCAGGGCUCUGAAGCAGCCUCUUACUGCAUCUACACUUUCUGAUGUUCUCUCCAGAUUAGUAGAAACUGUUGGAGAUGCAGGAGAAGAAGCUCAGGGUUUUGUCAUAGAACUGCUUCUGACUUUAGAGUCUGCAAUUGAUACAUUGGCUGAAACCAUGAAGCAUUACGAUCUGCUUUCUGCCCUUUCUCAAACCUCGUACCAUGAUUCUGUAAUGGGAAACAAGUACGCAGCUAAUAGGAAAAGCACUGGACAGAUAAAUCUAAGCACAAGUCCCCUUAAUAGUGGCAGUUGUUUGGGAUACUACAGCAAUACAAGGAGCAAUUCUUUGAGACUGAAUUUAAUCAGUGAGCGGAGAGGUGACCGUCGACGGAGCAACACACUGGAUAUAAUGGAUGGAAGGAUAAAUCAUGGUGGAAGUUUGGCCAGGACUAGAAGCCUUUCCUCCCUGAGAGAGGGAGGAAUGUAUGAUGUGCAGCCCACUACUGAUCCUGUCAAUCUAAUGGCCACCAUAUUCUGGAUUGCAACUUCAUUGCUAGAGUCAGAUUAUGAGUAUGAAUACCUUUUGGCUCUCAAGCUACUCAACAAGCUUCUUAUUCACUUGCCUCUGGAUAAAUCAGAGAGUCGAGAAAAGAUAGAAAAGGUGCAGAGUAAACUGAAAUGGAAUAACUUUCCAGGCCUUCAGCAGCUCUUCCUAAAAGGCUUUACUUCAGCAUCCACACAAGAAAUGACAGUUCACCUGCUGAGUAAACUCAUCACAAUUUCCAGGCAUGCUUUGGUGGAUCCUUCUCAGUUAGCAGGAUUUCCCCUAAACAUCUUGUGCCUACUUCCGCAUCUGAUCCAACAUUUUGAUAACCCAACUCAGUUCUGUAAAGAAACAGCUGACAGGAUAGCAAAGGUUUGCGCAGAGGAGAAAUCACCAACUCUUGCCAAUCUAGCUCAUAUGAUGAGUUUAUACAGUACACACAGUUAUUCCAGAGACUGCUCUAAUUGGAUUAAUGUAGUGUGUAGAUACUUGCAUGACUCCUUCUCAGAUGCCACAUUUAACCUCGUAACUUAUCUUGCAGAGCUGUUAGAGAAAGGGUUAUCCAGUAUGCAACAAUCCUUACUGCAGAUCAUUUAUAGUCUUCUGAGUCAUAUCGACCUGUCCACAGCACCAGUGAAGCAGUUUAAUUUGGAAAUCAUAAAAGUUAUUGGUAAAUAUGUUCAGAGUCCAUAUUGGAAGGAAGCUCUUAAUAUUUUGAAACUGGUGGUGUCUCGAUCAGCAAGCCUUGUUGUACCUAACGAUAUUCCAAAGUCUUAUGGAGGUGACAUAGGUUCUCCUGAAAUCUCUUUCACAAAAAUUUUUAAUAAUGUUUCCAAGGAGCUACCUGGCAAGACCUUAGAUUUUCAUUUUGAUAUAUCAGAGACACCAAUUAUUGGGAAUAAAUAUGGUGAUCAACACAGCGCAGCUGGUAGAAAUGGGAAACCAAAAGUCAUUGCAGUCACCCGGAGCACUUCUUCAACUUCAUCAGGCUCCAAUUCAAAUGCAUUAGUUCCUGUCAGCUGGAAGAGACCACAGCUAUCUCAGAGAAGAACCAGGGAGAAGCUGAUGAAUGUGCUUUCUCUGUGUGGUCCAGAAUCUGGUCUUCCCAAGAAUCCUUCAGUUGUGUUUUCCUCUAAUGAAGACUUGGAAGUUGGAGAUCAACAAACCAGUCUUAUUUCAACAACAGAAGAAGUUAUUCAAGAGGAGGAAGUGGCAGUAGAGGACAAUACCAGUGAACAACAAUUUGGAGUUUUUAAAGACUUUGACUUUUUAGAUGUUGAAUUGGAAGAUGCAGAGGAGCUGCAGGGUGAAAGCAUGGACAACUUCAACUGGGGUGUUCGUAGGCGCUCUCUUGACAGUAUUGACAAAGGAGACACACCGUCUCUUCAAGAAUGUCAGUACUCUGGUAGCACACCCAGCUUGAACUUGACCAACCAGGAAGAUACUGAUGAGUCUUCAGAAGAAGAAGCAGCACUGACUGCAAGUCAGAUACUGUCUCGAUCACAAAUGUUAAACAGUGAUUCUGCCAUAGAUGAAACAAUAUCAGAUCAUGCUGGUUUAUCACUUCAGUCUCAAGACUCCACUAGCAGUGUGGGAACAGAAGAGGUGCUUCAAAUCAGAACUGAGACCCCAAGUUUGGAGGCUUCUCUAGAUAACUCUAGCAACCAGCUGCCUGAGGAAGGCAGUUCAGCAGUAAGGGAUGAACAGGUUAGCACUGCUAGUGAAGACACUGGGUCAUAUCUCCUACAAGAACAACAAGACUGUCUGGUCUGUCAUGAACCUCUUGAGUUGGAAGAGACUCCAGAACUGGCAGAGCCUGCAGCUCCAGAGAGCUAUUCUGAAUCUAUCUGUGAAGAGGAUGUCACUCUUGCUUUGAAAGAGCUGGAUGAGAGAUGUGAAGAAGAAGAAGCUGACUUCUCUGGUUUGUCGAGCCAAGAUGAAGAAGAACAGGACGGUUUCCCAGAAGUACAAACUUCCCCACCUCCUUCACCAUUUCUUUCUGCCAUAUUGGCAGCUUUCCAACCAGUGGCAUAUGAUGAUGAAGAGGAAGCCUGGCGUUGCCAUGUCAAUCAAAUGCUAUCAGAUACAGAUGGUUCUUGUGCUGUCUAUACGUUUCACGUCUUCUCAAGAUUGUUUCAGAGCAUUCAAAGGAAGUUUGUUGCUAUAACAAAUGAUUCAGUCAGCUUUCUUGGUGAAAGUCUACAACGCAUUGGAAAGAAAUUUAAAAGUUCACUGGAAGUGAUGAUGUUAUGUUCAGAAUGCCCAACAGUCUUUGUGGAUGCAGAAACGCUAAUGUCUUGUGGCCUGCUAGAAACAUUGAAGUUCAGCGUUCUAGAGCUCCAAGAACACUUAGAUACCUAUAAUGUCAAAAGAGAGGCUGCAGAACAGUGGCUAGAUGACUGCAAAAGAACAUUUGGUACUGAUGAUGGUAUUCAUGGCACUAACACGGAUGCCCAGCAAAUGGAAAUUCUAGCAGAGCUGGAGUUGUGUCGGAGGCUAUAUAAAUUGCAUUUCCAGUUGCUGCUUCUGUUCCAAGCCUACUGCAAACUUAUCAGCCAAGUAAACACAAUCAAAAAAGAAGCAGAGGUCAUAAACAUGUCUGAAGAACUUGCUGUCCUGGAGACCUGUCUGAAAGAGGCUGAGUCUGCAUCUGACAGUGGCAUCGAAGAAAUUGAAAUUGCAGAGGCUUCCCAAGCUAGCACAGAAACAGCAAUUCACUCUCUCAUUGAAACCCUGAGAAGCAAGGAGUUUGUGUCAGCUGUAGCACAGGUCAAGGCUUUCAGAUCCAUUUGGCCCCAUGACAUCUUUGGCAGUUCUGAAGAUGACCCAAUCCAAACACUGUUGCACAUAUAUUUCCGUCAUCAGACACUUGGUCAAACUGGUAGCUUUGCAGUAGUAGGCUCCAACCAAGAUAUGUCAGAGGCCAGCUCAAAGCUGAUGGAACUUAAUCUAGAAAUUCGAGAGUCUCUACGCAUGGUGCAAUCCUAUCGGCUUCUAGGGAAAAUCAAACCAGGAGUAAACCCUGUGAGCACUGGAUUCUGAACAGCUGUCAUUUAGAAAAGAACUGAUAUUGAGGACACUUCGAACUAUUAUCGAGCACCUUUCAUUUAAAGAAAAAGAAGAAAGUGAAAAAAACAAAAAAGAUACCUUCCAGCAAUCCUGAAAAAUGACAGUUUCAUCACAGGAAGAAAUUGUUUCAUCAGAAGUAAAAAUCUAAAAACUGAAGUUAACAUCUUACUUGACUGCUCUUUCUACGCAGUAGCUGUGUGGCAGUAGCAUUUUUUUUUAUUAAAUAUAUGUAUAAAAACUACAUGAAAGGAAAAGGGCUUAAAUGCAUACAUAUGCAUUAUUUUCUGUUGUAACAGAACUAUAAAUGGUGUUUGCAGUAACAGCCUCUAAAGGUUGAACCAAUGCCGCAGGUGGGAUGAGGCUAAAAUCAAGGUUGGUUUAUUUUGGCUGAAGACCUGCAAUGCUUCCUGGCUUUCCAGCAGCAGUCGAUAUAAUCAUCAACUAAUACCUAUUGAGACACUUUGCAAUGUCAUGAAGAAUGUGCGGUCGAACACGAGUAGGAUGACUUCUGACUGCAAAAACCAUUGACUUCUCAAUGUUUUAUUUGCCUUUGUUGUCUGUAACAAGGAAAUGAUGUGUGAGAGUUGGAAUGUAUGGCUACGUGACAGUUGUUUUUUGAAGGUAUGGAUGAUUGUUAAAUAAGGUCUCAGAGCAUGCUUAAAAGAGCUGCAAGAUUAUUUUUGAAGAAAUUUUAUUUUAUUAGAUCUAAUCCUCAUAGUGUGUAAAUGUUAGGACAUUUAAUAAUAUUUUAAACUGGGAUUUCCCAGUGUUUCUAAAAGAAAUAAUAUAUCUGUUAACUUUAUUGGAAUGCUGCUCAGUUCUCUGAUCAGUGCUUAUGUUACAAAUAUUGAUAACAACUAACCAAAAAGUAGCUGCCUGCAGAGACUUUAAAAUGUAUAUUAAAGAUAUAUGCUGCCCAUCAGCAAUUCUCAUUAGAAGUUAACUUAUUUUAUUCUGUACAUAUUCUAGAAACUGUAUAGUGCAAAAACAGUAUUUUUCUUGUAAAUUUGUGCGAUGCACUGUUAAGACAGUAGGUGUAUAAAGCUAUGAGGGGAAGGGGAAGAAAUUCUCCCUGUUGGUAGUCACAUACAUGACUUGCAGUCUGAGCAGUCUGCAGGGUUCAAAGAGUUUGAAUGCACAUACAUGCAUCUUCAUGACUCAACUUAAGCCUAAGGAAUUGGGACUAUAUAGAAAAAAAGACUGACUACCAAACCAUGCAAACAGGCAAUAUACUCAUAGUUCAGUGUCAAAGUCUGUAGCAUAAAACAAACUGGAUUCUGUUGAAACCAAUAGCAUUUUGUAAAAAAAAUAAAAAUAAAACAAAAAAAUUAAAAAAGAAUGUAGUCCCACAAUUCCUGUGAUUUGAAAGGAACACCCAGUAUUUUUAUAUACAUCUCUUACCCACUGUGAUUUUUUUAAUGGGCUCUAAUUCCAGGGUUUAGAAUGUAGAAUUGAAAUUCUUAGCUCUGCCUUUUUGGGGGAAUUGGACCCCACUAGAAAUGUAAUUAUGCUGAAACGCAUUAAUUGAAGGCACUGUGCACACUGUUGGACUGCUGACAGUAGUUGUUAUCCUAACAAGCUCUGUAACUGGUCAAGGCACAUCCAUAAUCACUGUAUUUUUUUCCUGACCCUGAUAAAAUUGAAUUAUUUUGAUGGCUUUGUGGUACUGUAGAUGGUGUUCUUAAUUAUUAAAUAAGUAUUUACAGGGGGAUAAGUAGUUUUAUUUAGUGGUGCAUUACACUUUUAUUUACAUCAUCUUUUACCAGCUUUUUUUGUAAAAAUAAAAGACAUUGUAU